GAAGUAUAGAAAGUUCACUAUGGGAAGAGUUAGACAAGUGAGAAGGCAAAGACAUGGUAGAGGUUCUUCUGGGAGCAUCACCUCCCCGACUUUACUCUUCUUCUUAUCCUUCUAUUCCUCGGCAAUGCAGGACAGUGUCAGGUAGAACAUUGGUGAAGUGCUCGUUGGAACUCCCAAGUAAGGUUCUGACAAAGCAUGUCUUAUCUGGGCUGGCUGCUUCCUUGAUACUUAUUUCACCAGCAAAUCAGUCUAUUGCAGCAGAUCUAUCUCGUGCACAAAAUAUAUGCCAGGUUGCUGUUGCAAGUAAUAAUGCAGUUACUUCACCAUUUGAGAAUGAAUCUAAUGAAAAAGGUGCAAAUCUAAUGAUGAUGAGGGGUAUGACAGCCAAGGAUUUUGACCCUGUUAGAUAUUCAGGAAGAUGGUUUGAAGUUGCUUCACUUAAACGUGGAUUUGCUGGACAAGGCCAAGAAGACUGUCAUUGCACUCAGGGCGUAUAUACAUUUGAUAAGGAAACCCCAUCUAUCCAAGUUGAUACUUUUUGUGUUCAUGGAGGGCCUAAUGGAUAUAUAACCGGAAUUAGGGGAAGGGUUCAAUGUCUUUCAGAAGAAGAUUUAGAGAAAAAUGUGACGCAGCAAGAGAAGCAGGAAAUGAUCAAAGAAAAAUGCUAUCUCCGCUUUCCUACAUUGCCAUUCAUUCCCAAGGAACCUUAUGAUGUGAUUGCUACUGAUUAUGACAAUUUUUCUCUUGUUUCAGGAGCUAAGGACAGAAGUUUUGUUCAGAUAUACUCAAGGACACCUAACCCUGGACCUGAAUUUAUUGAGAAGUACAAAUCUUACCUAGCAAACUUUGGAUAUGAUCCAAGUAAAAUCAAAGAUACACCCCAGGAUUGUGAAGUAAUGUCCAAUAGUCAACUGGCAGCUAUGAUGUCCAUGUCUGGAAUGCAGCAGGCACUAACAAACCAGUUUCCUGAUCUGGGACUGAAGUCCCCUAUUGAACUCAAUCCCUUCACAAGUGUAUUUGACACUUUGAAGAAGCUUCUUGAGCUUUAUUUUAAGUAGUAACUAAUUACCGUAGUUCAAUUACGUUUGCUUCUUCUUGUGUUUUAAGACAAGACAAUUUGCUAUUUGUACAUUCUUCUUGUACGUGACAAAUAUUUAGCUAUCCUUGAUAGCAGCCUAUGUGUACCAUGUAAAGUAUAAUCUACCUGUGUCUGGUGAAAUCCUUUGUAUUUGACUAACAAUAAGCGAUCUUGAGUGUAUCCUUUAUAAUUGAUUCAUUUCAAUAUCCCAUUUUUAGUCUGAUUAUUGUCAAUUCUUCCG